CUUUAUUGAUUGGCAUUUUCUGUUUCAGAGUAUAAUUCUAAGAAUAAACGAGUUCUUCGCGCCUCGCAUUCCCGGCCCGCCUGGAACAUACUUAGGUACCUAGGGGACCUGUUCCUAGGCCAGGCCCAGGAAUGGAUGAUCUGCGCGUCCGCAUUCCUCCCAGCCCAGUGGUGUCAAUGGAGUAUGCCAUUCUUAUCUAAUCCAUCUCACAAGCUGUUAAAACCCCAUAAUACACCCCGGACAGUUACCUUUCUUCCUUUCCCUCUGAAAAGUACUCUCAUACUGUCGCUUGUCCAGUCUCAAUUGGUCUGAAAAUAAUAACUUACAUUGUCACUUGUUGUGUAAGGUCCAGCGAUCAGAGGAACCAAAAAGCUGUUAUUACACGACGGCAUCUCUACGAAAGUAAGAAACCAUCUUUAAAAUGGCACGCUUCACUUCCACCCUCCCAUACGCCCUCUUCACUGCUCUUCUCCUCCUCUUCCUCUCCUCCUCAGCUACUGCCAAGAAGAAUGGAACCAUCAUCACAAACGGAACCGCCAUCACAAAUGGAUCAUACACCAAACCUCACAGCACCAAACCUCACACCUACCAAAGCACCGUACCAGUCGUAACAGCUACGGCCGAGCCCAAAACCGAGGCCGAGACCACCGCAGCAGCAACCAACACAGGCACCCAGCCCUCGGAAACGCAAGUCAUCACUGGCGGUGCUCAGCUAUCGUUCAUCGGGACCGGGACCGCGGAGUCGCUGUUUGGGGUUCUGAUUAUUGGCUUUAUUGCCGGUUUGGGUCUAGAGCUGGGUUUGUAAGUGUUAGACAGAAGGAGACGGUGGUGGAUUUGGGUAAUGUAAUGGAUGAUGAGGACGGGUUUUUUAGGAUGUUAAUGGGUACU